AACGUCUCUCUCUCGUCCUUUGCCUUCUCUCUUUCUCCCUCUUCAAACAAAAAGAAAUGGACUCGGUGGCUCUCUACUGCACCGCCGGUCUCAUCGCCGGCGCCCUCUACUGGUUCAUAUGUGUCUUAGGUCCAGCAGAACGAAAGGGCAAACGAGCCUUAGAUCUCUCCGGCGGCUCAAUCUCCGCCGAGAAUGUCAAAGACAACUAUAACCAAUACUGGUCUUUCUUCCGCCGACCUAAAGAGAUCGAAUCCGCCGAGAAAGUUCCUGACUUCGUCGACACGUUCUACAAUCUCGUCACCGAUAUCUACGAGUGGGGAUGGGGACAAUCUUUCCAUUUCUCUCCUCAUAUCCCCGGAAAAUCACACAAAGACGCCACAAGGAUCCACGAAGAAAUGGCCGUCGAUCUCAUCAACGUGAAACCUGGACAAAAGAUCCUCGACGCUGGUUGCGGCGUUGGUGGGCCGAUGAGAGCCAUCGCGGCCCAUUCCAAGGCCCAAGUCACUGGAAUCACCAUCAACGAGUACCAAGUGCAACGAGCCAAGCUUCACAACAAGAAAGCUGGACUUGAUUCUCUUUGCAACGUCGUUUGCGGCAACUUUUUAAAGAUGCCGUUCGAUGAAAACACGUUCGACGGCGCUUACUCGAUCGAAGCCACGUGUCACGCUCCUAAACUCGAAGAAGUAUACUCAGAGAUCUUCAGAGUGAUGAAACCAGGAUCUUUGUUCGUGUCCUACGAGUGGGUCACCACUGAGAAAUACAUAGACGAGGAUGAAGAACACAAAGAUGUGAUUCAAGGGAUCGAGAGAGGAGACGCACUUCCUGGACUAAGAAGCUACAAAGAUAUCGCUGCGACGGCGAAGAAAGUUGGGUUUGAGGUUGUGAAGGAGAAAGAUUUGGCUAAACCACCGUCUAAACCGUGGUGGAGCCGGUUAAAGAUGGGAAGACUUGCUUAUUGGAGAAACCAUGUUGUGGUUGUGAUUCUUUCUGCUAUUGGGGUUGCUCCUAAAGGAACUGUUGAUGUUCAUAAGAUGUUGUUUAAGACUGCUGAUUAUUUGACCAGAGGUGGUGAGACUGGAAUCUUCUCGCCGAUGCAUAUGAUUCUCUGUAGAAAACCAGAGAAAGCUUCUGAAUGAAAUGAUGAGAAUCUUCCUUGUUCUUCUAAUUUCCUGUUUUGCCCUUUAAGAAUCUUUUU